AGAAGCAAUUUGUGCUCCGAACCAAGAGAACCUCAAACCCAAAACUAAAGAUGCGCGCCUUCAUCGUAAGUGGUGUAGCCAGGACUUAAGACGAAUUCACAACUAACGGAUAACCCUUGAAUCCUGUAGGUAAUGUGCCUGGUGGCAGUCGCCUGCGCCGAUAAGCUCGGCUACAACUACCAGCCCGUGGGACACUCCAGCUCCGGACUGUCCUUUGCUCCUGGAAGUGGCAGCAUUGGAGGUGGAUCCAUUGGAGGUGGUUCGAUUGGAGGAGGCUCCAUUGGAGGAGGAUCCAUUGGAGGAGGCCUCAUUGGUGGUGGCUCUAUCGGAGGCGGUUCCAUUGGAGGUGGUUCCCUUGGUGGUUCCAUCGGUGGUGGCUCUAUUGAUUCCGGUCUUGGCGGUCUUGGUGGACUCGGUGGUCUAGGAGGUGGCGACGCUCUGGCCGCUCCAGUCUCCUACAACGCCCCCGCUCCCGCUGCUGAGCUCCAGAAGGAGUUCUUCACCUACUCCGCCAACGAGCAGGACUUCGAUGAGCCACAAGAACUGGAGCGUGUUGCUGGAUCCGUAAACAAGGGACUGCGCGUUGUCUUCAUCAAGGGACCCGAGAACCGUGGUCUGGAGAACGCUGCCCUAGCCCUCGCCAAGCAGGCUGCCCAGCAGGAGACCGCCAUCUAUGUCCUGAACAAGCAGGCCGAUAUUGGAGAUCUUGCCCAGAAACUGAACGCCAUCCGCAACAACAAUAACAACAAGCCCGAGGUGCACUUCGUCAAGUACCGCACUCCCGAGGAUGCUGCCAACGCCCAGCGCGCCAUCCAGUCGCAGUACGACCAAUUGGGAGGAUCCUCUCAGGCCCACAACGGUGGUGUGGCACCCGCCCUGAACUUCGCCUCCGCUGGUCCCGUCCAGAAGGCUAAUGCUCAGAUCCCUGAGAACGCUUACCUGCCCACUUCCAUCUUCCGUCGUCGUUUGUAAAUAUUUUAACGACUUCGAGAUGAAGGCGUUGACUGUUCUUGUUAAAUCUUAUUGUUGAAAUCUAUUGAUAAAUAAUAUACAAAAAUCUGAAUAC